AAAAAAACUCAACCGCCACGUGUACACGACCUUAUCCUCUCCUUCCCCUCCUUUAAAUACCUGCCUCCUUCUUUUCCCUUUCCUCACUCAAUCAAAAUCACCAAAAAAAAAAUAAACACAAACAUUUUCUCUCUCCUCACAAACAAAACAAAAAUGGCAACAAAUCUCCUUCCUACGCACUCCUUCCUUGCUCCUUCCACCACCACUUUUCGCCGGAAAACCGCCGUUAACUCCACCUCCGGCAAGUGGUGGACUCCGAUCUUCGGCUGGUCUUCUGACGUUGACUACAUUGACUCCUCCUCUAAAGACGAAAAUCCGGCGAAAUCGGACAAUAUUCCGGCGAAACCUAGGUUUUCUCCCGGAAGUUUCACUGAAGAAAAAGCUAAACAGUUGAGAUUGAUGACCAAAGAUACGGCGGCGUUUCAUGAUGUUAUGUAUCACUCUGCUAUCGCUUCUCGUCUCGCCUCUGAUUUCUCCGGCCGAAACUCCGAUGAUCGAUGACGGUUUUUUCCGAUCUUUUCGUCCGCAUUUCUCUCACAUAAUUUCUUUAGAUUCUUCAUUUUUAGUUUCUAUUUUCCUGUAAUUUUGGAGUUUGAAGAUGCUGCAUCAUGCAUGAAAAAUUGUUUUUGUUAAUUUUUGUGAUGAUGUAAUAUGAAUGUGGACAAAAUUAGGUUUGUAUCUGUAAUUAUACUUCAAUUUUAAUUUUUAUUUUGAUUCUCUAA